CCGUUUGAAUUCAGGAUAAAAGAAGAGUGCUAGAUAUCAAUUGCAGUCGGGUCGUCGACUGUGCUACGGCCGUUAUGCUUCUCACUGGCCGCUUCAUGCUCAGGUCUCUAUCUGUUGCGUCAUCACCGUCAACCCCUACCCUUCAGGAAAUUGCCUCUAACCACCCUGCAGGUAUUGCAAAAGUAGUGCUUAAAAAGGGAAAGACACAACUAUUUAAGGAUGGAAGUCCGAUGGUUUAUAGUGGUGCUGUUGAUAGAGUAAUUGGUAGACCACCACCCACCACUGGCGAUAUUGUCCUUGUUGCUGAUGGCACAGAGAAACCUAUUGGCUGGGGUUUUUACAAUUCUACUUCUAUGUUCCGUGUCCGGCUCAUGCAGCAAGAAGAGGAAACUGCACAAGACCCUUCUUCUGCGCUUAAUCCAGAAAAGCUACUGGAAACAAGAAUUGCAGCAGCUGCUAUGUUGCGUCAAAAUCUAGGGCUUCCUUCUGCUCAUACUAAUGCAUAUCGUCUUGUUAAUAGCGAAGGAGAUAGACUAUCAGGCCUUAUUGUCGAUAUCUUUGGAGAUUUAGCUGUAAUAGCUUCAUCAGCUGCUUGGGUGCAGAUGUACCAGCACCAGAUAAUGGAUUGCUUGAGUAGAUUAAAUAUUAUCAAAAGGAUAAGUUGGAGGCCAACUAUUGAAAUCUUGAAGGAAGAAGGCUUAGAUCUUUCUGAUUUGAAAAAACCAGAUCUAAUCAUACCUCAAACUAGGGUUAAGGUUAUGGAGAAUCGAAUUUCAUAUUUGAUAUCCUUGGAUGGCCAAAAGACAGGGUUUUAUGCCGAUCAACGUGAGAACCGUUGCUUCUUAUCUACCAUUUCAGAGGGUCGUAGAGUUCUUGACAUAUGUUGCUAUACUGGAGGUUUUGCUCUGAGUGCAGCAUCUGGUGGUGCUUUGGAUGUUAUUGGUGUUGAUACAUCAUUGCCUGCUUUGCAACUUGCCAAGGAAAAUGUUGCAUUAAAUGGCCUGGAUCCUCGAAGGAUAUCUUUUCUUCGGCAAGACGCAACUGAGUUCAUGAAGGCUGCUGUUUCUAGAAAUGAAUCAUGGGAUAUAAUUAUACUGGAUCCUCCUAAAUUGGCACCUCGGAAGAAGAUUUUCCAUCCGACAGUUUAGAUCUGCUCCGGCCAUUACUCCGACUAGAUCUAGAAGGCAUAGAUCUGUCCGGAGAGGAUCAGAUCUGACUGAAAAGGCUUCCCCAACGACUUUUCGGCGAAGCUUUUGGUCUCCCCUUGCAUUUUCUGGCGGCUACAAGCAAAUUCCGGCAACGUCCAACUUUUCCGGCGACGUUUAGGAUUCCGGUCAGAAUUUGUCACAUUCUCUCUAGGCCAGAUCUGUUUAGAUCGGACCUAGAUCUAGCGAGAUCCUCCUGGUGAACUUUCCAGCGAACUUUUCAGGAACUUUCCGGUGACUUACCGGGCCAGGUUCUAUCUUUCCUUUCCUCAGCUGAUUAUUUGUAGUUUGAUUACUAUUCUUCUUUCCUAGUUCCUACCUUUAGUGUUUUAGUUAUUGUUAUUCACUUUCCCUCUUCACUUAGUGUCUAGGGUUCUUGACUUGCAUAUUAGCUAGUGUGUUUUGUCUCUUUAUUAUACAUUCUACAUUGUCAAUUAUUAUCUCGUUGCUUGUAUUCUCUUAAUUUAUUUGUUAUCAGUUUUUUUCACUUUGUAGUUCAUAUCUUUUUAGUGGCUUUGGUUACUGAUGGUGGACUAGGUUCAUGUCCUCAAUUGGGGGUGAAGGCGAGGGGAAAUAGUGGUAAGAGGGAGACAAGUUUUCGUACAUUGAGAGUAGGAUCGUGGAACAUAGGGUCGCUUACAGGGAAGUCCAUAGAGCUAGUGAAGAGUCUUAAGAGGAGAAAGAUUAAUAUAGCCUGUGUUCAGGAGACUAGAUGGGUAGAUUCCAAAGAUCGGGAUGUGGACAGAUUCAAAUUAUGGUACUCAGGAGGCUCAAGAGAUAGAAAUUGAGUAGGUAUUCUAGUCGAUGCGGAUCUUAGGGAGUGUGGUAGAGGUUAAGAGGAUCAGUGAUAGGAUGAUGUUUAUUAAGCUAGUUAUAGGCAAACUUACUGUGAACGUUGUUAGUGCAUAUGCACCCCAUAUGGGUCUGGAUGAAAAGUCAAAAGGCUCUUUUGGGAGGAUUUGGAUGAAGUAGUGAGAGUUAUACCUAGUACCAAAAAUAUUUUCAUUGGUGGAGAUUUCAAUGGCCAUAUCGAUACAACUUCUAAUGGUUUUGAUGAUGUCCAUGAAGGCUUUGGUUUUGGGGAAAGGAAUGGCGGCGGGGUUUCUCUCUUGGAGUUUGCCAAAACUUUUGAGUUGGUUAUUGCUAAUUCGUGUUUUUUGAAAAGGGAUAAUCAAUUUGUCACCUUUAGUAGCAAGGUAGCUAGGACUCAGAUUGACUACUUACUCCUCCGGAGGGGUGAUAGAGGCCUUUGUAAGGAUUGCAAGGUUAUUCCGAGUGAAAAUAUUACCACCCAACAUAAGCUUUUGGUGAUGGACUUGGAGAUUAAGAGGGAUAGGAGAAAGAAGACCCUUUAUGAUCGAUCGAGGAUUAGAUGGGGGGCUUAACUCCCGUCUUUUCUCGGGAGAUGGGGGAGAAGUUGAAUAGUUUAGGGGCCUGGAGUAGUAGCGGGGUUGUGAACAACAUGUGGGAUAUGAAAACUGGUUGCAUUAGAAAAGCAGCUAUCGAGGUUCUUGGGGUAUUGAGAGGAAUCUUUGGUGGUCGUCAAGGAGAUUGGUGGUGGAAUAGAGAGGUACAAGGCAAAGUGAAAGCCAAGAAGGUUGCCUAUACGGAGUGAUUGGAAUGCGUGGAUGAGGAGAAGACUAGGCUUAAAGAUAUCUAUAGAAAGGCAAAGAUGGAAGCGAAGUCGGCGGUCACCAGUGCUAAGACCGCAACUUUUGAAUGCAUGUAUGUCGAGUUAAGGGAAAAGGUGGGGAUAAGAGAUUGUAUAGGCUCGUCAAAAUGAGAGAGAGAAAAGCACGCGAUCUGGAUUUAGUAAAGUGCAUUAAGGACGAGGAAGGUGAAGUGUUAAUGGAUGAAACUUCUAUCAAGCAAAGGUGACAAGCUUACUUCCACAAACUCCUAAAUGAAAAAGGAGACGAGGACAUUGUACUGGGUGAUUUGGCGUACUCUCAUAGUCUUUGAGACUUUGGGUACUGUAAGUGUUUUAAGGUUGAGGUGUUUAGACGUGCUGUUAGGAGGAUGAGGAGGGGGAGAGCGACCGGAUCCGAUGAGAUUCUGGUGGUCUUUUGGAAAAGCACUGACAAGGUAGUUUUGGAGUGGUUGACUAAGUUAUUUAAUGUUAUUUUAAGGAGUGCUAAGAUGCCUGAUGAAUGGAGGUGGAGUACUAUGGUUCCAUUGUACAAAAGCAAGGGUGAUAUCCAAAACUAUAAUAAUUACAGGGUUAUCAAACUACUAAGCCACACUAUGAAGAUUUGGGAGAGAGUGGUGGAGAUGAGGGUGAGGAGAGGAGUGUCAAUCUUAGAGAACUAGUUCGGAUUUAUGCCGGGGCGGUCGACUACUGAAGCAAUCCAUCUUAUGCAGAGACUGGUGAAGAAAUUUAGAGAAAGAAAAAAGGAUCUCCAUAUGGUGUUCAUUGACCUUGAUAAUAUGACAAAGUUUCGAGGGAUUUUCUGUGGAGGUGUCUGGAGGCUAAAGGUGUCCCGAUGGUGUAUAUUAGGGCGAUAAAGGACAUGUAUGUUAGAACGGUGGGAGGUGACUCAAAGCAUUUUUCUGUUGAGGUGGGACUACAUCAGGGAUCUGUGCUGAGCCCUUUUCUUUUUGCCUUGGUGAUAGACGAGUUGACACGGUCUAUUCAGAAGGAGGUUUCAUGGUGUAUGCUAUUUGCGGAUGACAUAGUUUUGAUUGAUGAGACUCGGGACAGAGUUAAUGAUAGGUUGGAGGUUUGGAGACAAACGCUCGAGCCCAAAGGGUUCAGAUUGAGCAGGACCAAAACAGAAUACUUGGAGUGCAAAUUUAGUGUUGUGAUGGAUGAAGAGGGCAGGGAAGUGACGCUUGCCACCCAACCUAUCCCCAAGAUAGAAAGCUUUAAAUAUCUUGGAUCCAUCAUCCAGAGUAGUGGGGACAUCGAUGAUGAUGUCACGCACCGCAUUGGGGCAGCAUGGUUGAAAUGGAGGCUAGCCUCUAGAGUCCUGUGUGAUAAGAAAGUACCACCUAAACUUAAAGGUAAGUUCUACAAAAUGGUGGUUAGACCAACAUUGUUAUAUGGAGUGGAGUGCUAGCCAGUAAAGAACUUUCAUGUUCAAAAGAUGCAUGUUGCGGAGAUAAGGAUGCUGUGAUAGAUGUGUGGACACACUAAGAGUGAUAAGAUCAGAAAUGAGGUUAUUCGGGAGAAGGUGGGAGUGACAUCUGUGGUCGACAAGAUGAGAGAAGUGAGACUGAGAUGGUUUGGGCAUGUGCAGAGGAGGGGUGUCAAUGCCCCAGUUAAGAGGUGUGAGUGGUUGGAUUUGGGGGCUAUGUGGAGGUGUAGGGGUAGAUCGAAAAAGUAUUGGAGCGAGGUGAUUUGACAAGAUAUGACGCUACUCCAUAUCACCGAGGAUAUGACCUUAGAUAGAAAAUAGUGGAAGUCGCGGAUUAGGAUAGAAGGCUAGUAGGGAUAGAAUGAUGUCUUGUCGUGUGUCGGUUUAGGGUGGUCGUAGGUCUAGGCGUGUCUUUAUAGUUGUGUUGCUAUUGCCUUUGAUUAUCGCAGUACUUUGCUAUAAUUAUAGCUAUAGUUAUUGUUCGUGUCGUGUAAAUUUUGCAUUGCAUUUUAUUUUUAUUUUUAUUUAUUUUAUUAUUAUUAUUUUUUUUUUUUUUGCAUUAUGCUAUAUAGAUUGUUUUUCUCUCGUACUUGGAACUGUGACUUUUGAGCCGAGGGUCUUUCGAAAGCAGCCUCUCUACCUCCAUGAGGUAGUGGUAAGGUCUGCGUACAUCCUAUCCUCCCCAAAUUUCACUUGUGGGAUUUCACUGGGUAUGUUGUUGUUGUUGUUUCACUUUUCUCUUACUUA